CCACCACUUAUCGAAGUCCCUAGGUCGAUAUGUAUGUAAAGCAUUUGUUUUUACUCCGCAUCUUCCCGUUUAUUUGUCAAUUAUUGUGAUUAAUUGUUUUCAAAAGACUUUACGUCGUUUAAUUGACGCGUCAACUGUCCCUCAGUGCUUUUUACUACCUUUCCCUAGUAGCUUGCGUCUUUUUCAUCAAUGUUUUCGACUGUCAGUUCUCAAAUUUUCUCAGGGGGUUAGACAUAGGCUCAAUUUUUUGACCUUGUCUAAUUUUAGAAUAACAAUUUUCUCCCAAAAAAUUAAAGUGAAAUUGUGGUUUGCAGUGUCACCCUUGAGUGUUUUGCGACGCACGAGGUAGUAGUUUCAAUUCAAGCAUCGGAAUUAUUGCUGAUGAAGAGGACUGAAAACAUCUACAGCAAAAAAAUGAGCUCCGUUUGGAAACGACUACAAAGAGUGAACAAGCGAGCAGCAAAGUUCCGAUUCACUGCCUCAUACCAUCAAAUCAAUUUGGAAACAACACCUAAAUGGACACCAAAUAAAUUAAGUGUCAUUUGGACAAGAAGGAGUAAGCGUGUUACAACAGAACAGUUGCUGUGGGAACCCAGUCUAAAAGAUCCGUUGAGAGGAGUUGUAAUAUGGCCUGUACCAGAAAACAAGGAGGUAACCAUCACUUUGUACAAAGACCCAAGAGCUCAACAAUUGGAGGAUAAAGAAUGGAAUUUCAUCAUUGAAGAUAAUGCGCCAGAUGGCAAACGCCGCCCAUUAGCCGUAGCCACUGUCAAUGUAAGCCGCUAUGCCAGUGUAGAAUCAAUGCAGUAUCGAUUGCAUUUGGAUUUUAAACCUGUGAGUAAGAAAAUUGUAUCAGCAUCAAUGGAUUGCACCCUGUCUAGUGUAUUUCUGCGUGAAGGCAAAGCCACGGAUGAAGAUAUGCAGAGUAUGGCUAGCUGGAUGAGCACAGCAACUUACGACAUUGCAAGAUUGGAUGAUUUUGAUGAAAAUGCUGACGACGAUUCGCUCAGCAGUUUGCGUGAAAUCUCACAGAUCACAACUCAACUAGACCAGCUAACAAAUAGUUUAAGCAGUUCAGACUGUGCUACCAGUCCCAUGAGCGUCACAAGCAUCACAUCAAACAAAGAUGAAAAUCCACUGAUUGGAGAUGGUCAUCACUUCCCUGAGGUAGAAGACAAAGAAACAAAAACUGCGGAAGGCGCAGAAAGCAGAUUCUCUAAAAAUAGUUGUAAUUCCACGGAACACAGCGGUGAAUUGUUCAAAUCAAACGAAAAUGAUGGGCAGCAAAAUGUCAGAUUAAAUCUGCAGCCUCUCAAUCUGAAGAAGAGCAACAAUUCAAAACAAGAGGAAAGCACUCCUGGACAAGAUUUGCUCGAAUGGUGCAAAGAAGUUACGCAAUCAUACCCUGGUGUCAAGGUCACUAAUCUAACAACAUCUUGGAGAAAUGGUCUUGCAUUUUGUGCUAUUAUCCAUCAUUUUAGACCUGAUUUGAUAGAGGAUAUUGAUCGCUUAUCUUCUCAAGACUUUCGAUCAAACUGCAAGAAAGCAUUUGAAGCCGGUGAAAAAUUGGGCAUCCCUCGAGUCAUUGAUCCUAGUGAUAUGGAUUUAUUACGCGUGCCAGACAAGCUUGCCAUUAUGACCUAUCUAUACCAAUUAAGAGCUCAUUUCACUGGCCAUGAAUUAGAAGUUCAGCAAAUCGGAAAAACCACUGAUGAAUCCUCUUACAUGAUUGGACGAUUUGACACGGAUACUGAUACCGGUAUUUCUGUCCAGUUAUUCGAACAGGAAAUUAUUAACCUGAAAAAACAUAAUGCUGACAAGAAGACCAUCAAAGAGCACAAGGAUAGGCCAGAUCUGAUGAAUGAAAAUACAAAAGAAAAUCGGCAAAAACUAAAACUGCAGUUGGGCAGCAAUUCCAUCGACCGACCAGAUUUAGAUAAUAAUCAGCGGUCCCCUGCAUCCGUGAAAGAUGUCACUGAUAAAAUAUUGUCGAGCUCUAAAACAAUCCUCGGGAAAGUACUCUCGCCCACCAAGGACAAGUUCAACCAAGUUAAGGACAAACAAAUGAAAUCACAACCACAAAAGCAGAUGCUCAUGACUCGAAGGCAAUUAACAGAUCCUUUUGGCUCUGAUGAGGAAGAUGAAAGUUUCAAGAGCAAAGGGAGUGUGCACUUAAUCAGGUCUCAAUCUCAAGAUAGUGGCUCUAUCAGGCUUAAUAGUCAGUCAUCAGUCACAAAUCUGGCAGGCACUCCAGUGAAUGAGCAUCUUACAAAACAGCAACAACUCUUACUUAACCGCAAUGAUGAAUUACGAGAAAGAGCUCGAAAAUUGCUGAAAACUGCACGCAAGGAGGCCGCCAAACGUUCUUUGCCUCAGUCUCCGGUCCAGGAAGAAGAAAAGCAACGAUUACUUCGCGAGAGGGCUCGGAGAUUAAUCGCAGAGGCCAGACGAGGAGUUGUAACUACACCAGGUUCAUUGUCGUCAAGUAAGUCAAUAAAUGAGAAAUCACCUUCUAAUUCAGUGGAUAUUCAAAAUAAUCCUCUCUCUACCACAAUUCCUGUUAAGGAUGGUCUCAGUGAAAAUAAUAACAAGACUGAACAGAAUGGAAAUGUACAUUCAUGGGAUGUUACAAAUUCAGGGGCAAGUGAAGCCAGUGGAGAAGGAGACAUUGAGACAGUGAAGAAUCCACCUCUCCAGUCCUUUACGUCACUCAUCGAGCGGAUUUCUCCUGAGCACAAACCUUCAAAAUUGACACCUGAUCAGGGAGUUAAUUAUCUGGAAAAUGAAUUAGUAGCAUUGGAAAGAGAGCAGAUGCAAAUAGAUGAGCAAGCUGCUGUGUUAGAAAAGGAACUUAGAACUGUUAUGGGUAAAGGAAAUGAGCGGGAUCGAGAAGAGCGGCUAAUGGCGCAAUGGUUCACAUUAGUCAACAAGAAAAAUGCUCUGCUUCGUAGACAAAUGCAGUUGAAUAUUUUAGAAAAAGAAGAUGAUCUUGAAAGGAGGUUUGAAUUGCUCAAUCGUGAACUUAGGAGUAUCCUUGCAAUUGAAGAUUGGCAGAAGACUGAAGAACAGAAAGUGCGAGAAAACUUACUACUAGCAGAGCUAAUUAACAUUGUCAACAAACGAGAUGAGCUCGUUCACCAUUUAGAUUCACAGGAAAAAGCAAUUGAAGACGAUGAUGAGAUUGAGCGGGAUUUAACUCGAGCUGGUGUCACGGCGCACAAUAAAAAUGCAUGCGUCAUCCAGUAACUAUACACAUCAAGUAAAACACUUGAUUUUCUCAGUAUUUCUGUCUUAAGCACCAGAUAAAGAUCUGGCUUUUCUUAUAUCGGACUCGAUUCAGUUCACAAGCUCAUUCCUACACAAAGGUUUUAAAUAAUCCUAUCAAACUUUAAUUUGAGCUGUUAAACUCUUUUCCUGUUCUAAGAAAUGAUGAUUCAUAAUCUUAAGUUUGGUUUGAGAAAGGUUCUCAAUAAUCUCCUAAUCGUAUCUAUUUAGUUAAAUUUUCUGUGAUAUUGUUGGAUAAAAUAUUAAUCCGUUUAAUUUCCCUGUGCAUAAGAAGAAAAAAAAGAUGUAGAUUUAACCUAUCCAUGGGAUGAGUCUACAGAUAUUCUUAAAGUUAACUGGAAUUCUUGGAAGAUAGCAGCCAGAAAUCAAUCACUUUUCUCUCCGCUAAACUCAGUUGUACUACAGAUCAGUGUGGAUUAUAUGUCUGCUAUUGGUGACAGCCACUGAAAGGACGUGCUUUACAGAACAUAAGAGGCCUUUGUUGGUUGGCACACAUGUAAUCAUCAUUCCCAUAGUACUUUGCCAUACAUUUCCGAAACACUUUUUAAAAAUUAAUCCUAUUUUCUCUUCAUCUUCAUGCUAGAAGUGCAAGUUUUGUCCGAAUCUUUUUUCAUUAAAUUUGUUCAAGAAGCUGUGAGUCACGAAAAUUUUCUUUGCUAGUCUAUAUUUUUCUAUGCAAUAGCAUUUGCAUGUACUCUUUUUAAGAAUUUGAAAAAUGUUUUGAUUUUAUAUUUCUUAAUAUUCUUAAUUCGGUGAAAAGGUGUUUUAAAAUAGUAUUUUCAAUAUGAGCCUUGCUGUUUUUGAACUAAAAAAUUUAAAAUCCCUGGAAAUUUUAAAAAAAUUCAUUAUAGUCAUGCCCCUCACCAUGUUCGUGCCUCAGUUUCAAUAAGAAUCUUUUUGUCUCAGUAAUAGGUUGAUUGACUGUUAAACGGCAAUUGAAUACUUAUUGUAGUUAGUGUAUAAACAUAAUGUCAGGCUGUAAAUAAUACAUACAUACGUAGUAUACGGUUCCCAGUAUCUUUGCCACAAAGUUUUUACUACUUUUUCCUUUUUCAAGUAAUUUUUAUCGCUGAUUUUUUUGUGCCUCAAGGAAGAUAACAAUACUUUAUUCUGGCCAAAGAAUAUCUUAUUAGGGGAGAUCUGGGAGUGUCCUACCUGUUUUUUUCAUCGGAGUGUGGAUAAAAAAUUCUUGUAACAAAACCACUGCACCUCAAUUUCAUUGUUUUGAACAAUGAGCCCCAGAAUCCACCCCCUUCCCUCCCCCAAGAAAAAAAAAAUUAAAAAAUUUGAAAUUGCGAAAUAGCGCUUCUGGUGUUUAGUGCUUCGAUAGUGUUGUGGCUCAAAGUGCUAUGCUCUGACUGAGAGGUCUAAGAUUUGACUCCUAACUGUCUCAAGUAAUUUUUCUUGAAUAAUAGUUCUCCGGAAGAUACACUACCUUUCUGAAAUUUGUAUAUAAGAAAUGAUGAUCAUUUAUUGUAUUGAUUAUUACUGAUCAACUGAGCACUGCCCAGCUUUCAAGUAUUCAAACAAAGAGUCCUCUCCAUUUUUGUGUUUGUUUUUCUCUCUUUCUUGAUCUAAUUGAUCUUUUGCUGGUGCAAUCUGUGACCGAGGCCAUGGAUCAAAGUGACGCAAAAGUCUGCUGGUGAUAGAGUGCUAAAGAGAAACACAAACGAAAAUUAGGAGGACAUUUAUUCUGAACACAUGGAAUUCUGAACAGUGCUCAUUUGGAUAUAUUUCUGCUGAAUGAAACCAAGUGCCAAAUUGAGUUCCAUUUGAGGAUUUUAGAAUCCCGCAUAGCGCGUUCUGUCAAACGGAACUAAGCACUAUGGAGGAGCACUGUGAGCAUGAUACAGAAUGCGCUCAACGGUCUGCAACAGCCGCCAAUCCAACCCUCCCUCUCCCCUCUUCCUCCAGUGGGGCUAGUUCUGUUUAGCAGAAAUACAACCAUUUGAUCAAUAAUAAUCCACAUUACAGAUGAGCAUCGUUUAUCAUAUAUAAAUAUAAAAAAAAAUAGUCACAUUUUCAGUCAGGAAAAAUCAAAACAAUCAUAGGAAUGAAUAAGAAUUACAUGAGAAUGCCAGGAUUCAAUCCUUUGACCUCCAGAGGGCAAUGCAUUGAGCUAAUAGACUAUUGCAACGCUGAAAUGUGAAGAGCGUUAGUUUGCCACUUUGGCAAUUGAUCCCUUUCGCCAAUCUUUUGAAAUUUUUCCUCAGAACUUCUGCAGUUCACUCGCAAAAAUGGCUGAGUAGAAGUUCCUCAGUUUUGAAUGAAGGAGCUUUUGACCUCUCUCUAAUCGAAAUCAAGGUAAGACACGACAUGACCUCCCCUCAUCAAUCCAGGAGAACCCUCUUAUUCCUCGGUUGCAGAAACAAUUUUUCUGAAGGUUCUAGUCUCUUUUCAAUUGUAUCAACUCUUAUCAAGCAAUAAUUUAGCUUUAAAUCUAUCAUUGUGUCACAAAUUUACCCAUCAAAAUUACUGUCAAAACGCAGAGUCACUCCAGACAAAUAUGUAGAUUUCUUCCCUUGUGGUUGAUUUUCAGGUCAAUUUGAGUUCCAUUUGAGGAUUUGCAAACAAUUUAUAAUGGCACAUUCCCUCUAAGGUGUAAUGUUUUUGGACAUCCAACAUUAUGGUGGAUCUUGUACCUAGAUCACUUAGAUUCACCUUAAUUGGAAGUUACCAUCAUAAGCCUCUUCUAAAUUUGUUCUCAUUUAUAAAAAAAUCAUUGAGUUCUGAUGUUGUGCCAAUGAACAUUUUGGUCUAGUUUAUGAACUGAGAUAUAACGGUAUAAUUGAUUUUGGGCAGUUUCAUAGGAAGAAUGACUCAAUCUAUUUUCUUCUUUAGUCAUCUAAACCCUCCGUAAUUUUUUUAAGAAAUUUUUGAACCAAGUUUUGUGUGCAAGAACUUUCUAACUGAUGUAGCUUUUCUGUUGUUGCUCAAUUUCGUGGACACUUUUAUCAGAUUAAAAUAAUAAAAACAAUUAAAUGAAGCAAAACGAAUGAAUGAAAACCCCUUUAAAAAGUUUCAUGUCUCUGGCAAAUAAUUUCAAGGAUCAACUUUUAGGUGUAUUUUUUGGUGCUUAAUGUUUCCUAGUUUUUGGGAUAAUUCAAUUAGUUAAUCAAUUUUUAGCGUUUAGAUUUUGGAGGUGUAAGCUUAAAAAUUCGCUCAUAAGGUUCAUACCUCCGUGUGAAUAAUCUGCUAGUCGUUUUAGCUUUUUAGAACUCAUUGAUUCUAGGAGGCUGUAAUUUUUAACUUUUGUUUGUAAGAAAUUCAUUUGUGAAAAUUGUGUGCACUUUAAUGUAUGUCCUCUAUUGUUUUAUAAUUCUAUGACAAUGGGUCUGUUGUACACUAGAAAUACAGCCAACUAAGUCGCCCUUUUGUUGGUAAAAUUGCACAAAAAUUAAAUCGAGCACAUAAAACAUGUCAAUUUUGGGAAGAAGGCUUGUGAAGGGGGGAGGGAGGUUGCAGGACUUUUGGAUCACCCUGUAUUAUAUUUAGGCAAUUUUACCCACUGAAAAUCUACUUAGUUGACAGUGUAUCUUGUUGGCAAUAGAUCCAAUCAUGUAAGAGUGAAAUUGUCUGUACAAUUCAAAGAUAAUGCAUUGUCUUUUAUGAAGGGGAUGAAGUUAAAAUACUUUUCUGUUUAAUAAGGUGCCCUAUUUGCAAGGUUACAUAAUGAUUUUACAGAUCGGGCUUAGUUGUAAGUGAAGCAGAGUCUUCAGCUCUCUAUUAUUAGUUCUCUGCAGUGGAAUUUUCAGUUUCAGAACUCAAAAUUUUGAAAUCUUUCAACGUGAGCAAAUUUUUUUGAAACCGAAUACUUAAGUAAUGGUUGCUCAUUGAAUAAUACCUAUGUAAUGCUUCAGGGGGAAAGGCGGUCUAAGCCUGCAUUAUGGAUGCAUUAAUGGGAGGAGAAAGGGCACUCAGGCUUAACUGUAGAAUGGGUGCUAAGUGCCGAUCUUUCGAAAUUUCAAUGCAAGUUGGUAAUUUUUCAUCAAAAAUUCAUCUCAAAACGCUAAUUAGAGGAGAGGGGGUUGAAUAGAGCGUAACAUAAUCUAUUUAGGAAGUGUAGACCUGUGUCUCAGGCGUGUUUUAAGGGAAGGAGGGAGUCAAAAAUCCGAUUUUCAGUACUUUAUAUUUUAUGACCGGCCCCAUUGUACUAAUGCUUAAAUAGGUAAAGAACUCAAUCUUUUGAUUCUGUAGCUAUGUAUGUAGAAGACCUCUGAACAGUAGAGAGAAAGUUUGUUCUCAUGACUGAUUGGCUUUGGAGUCCGAUAUGGUUCGCUCACCAUUGCCUUCGUCCUUUUGAUCUCUCCACAGCAAGUGAGCUGCAUACUUUUGGGUAAAUUGUUAUGACUGUAUGCAUUAGAGGCAAAUUAAGAUGAUUUGAUGGUUGAAGAAUUGUGAGUCAGAAGACGUGUGAUACAUCGCAUUAAAUAGUUCCGUUCCUUCAGGUGAGUGUCAUUCUCAUUGCAUUUUGAAGUCGUAUUUCUGCUGUUGAGAGACGGAAGAAUUUUCUCACUAAAUUUGAUAAACCAAGUCCUCAGCAUAAUGAAGGCAGGGUUUUUUAAAAGGGAAAAUAUCUUAUUCGAUACUGGUAUUGGCAUUUCAGUCAAAUUCGAUAUUUUUCCUUUAAAAGAAAACUCUCCUAUUAAUAUGGUGAAUUUGUUUAUCAAAUUUUGUAAGUAAAUUAGUUAUGUUAGUCUUGUGAAAACAGAAAUGCGAUUUCAAAACUCAAUAAGAAUGACAAUUGGCUGAAAAUACGGAGCUUAUCGAUAUGAAAUAUUGCACUCAUCUGACUCAAAAUCCUCCAGCCAUCUAAUCACUUCUAAUCAGCCCAAAAUUUGCCACACUGUUAAGGAAGCAAGCUUAGAGAGUUGACUCCUGGUUCCCUGCAGAAGCUAUGAUUUUAGUUCAAGUCCAAGUUUUUCAUGUCCAUGGUUUUUUUAUUCUUAGAAAUAGAUGUACUAAAUAGAUGAUAGCUACACAAAAAUGAACUCUGUACUAUAAGUUCUUACUAUGUGUGACACGUUCUGGAAAUCCAGGUCAACUUAUCAAGGGUGUGGAAAUGAAUCAUGGUACAGCCCAAAUUAUCAUUCUUUAGGUUUUGAUUUCAAAUGGUCUGUAGUUUAUGAAAUAGGAAAAAAAGCAAAGAAGCAGAAAAAAUUAAAUAUUUAUUGAAAAUGAUUUUCCAACAAUUAGAAAAGAAUCAAAUAUUGAUGUACCAGUGUACCUAGCUGAAGACAGUAAAGGAUGAGGCCUUAUUUUGCCAAAUCCACCUUUCGAAGGAAAAACUGAAAAGUCCCAUUCUUUCAUCAGCUGUGCUUGAGCUGUUUAUUCUUGCGAACUGCAUCAAAAUCAGGAGAGGCCUCUUUUGACCCUCUCCUUGCAAGUAAAAUUCUAUGUAAAAAUUUUGUUAGUGAAUUUUUCUUAAUAUCUAGAAAAUUCACAGGAAGUUCUAAGGCGGUUUUUUGCCAAUUUUUGUGAAAAAUUCAAAACAGAAGAAAUUGUACUGUAAGAAACGCAGUUAGGCUAAUUGAACAACGAACUAUAGUCUCUGGCUCAGUUUAGAAAUAACACAUGUACCAUUAUUUUCAGUAUGCACAUAAGUGUUUUUACGGUUGUGCUAAAAAUUGCAAUUCAUAAUUGUAACAUGUAGGCCAAUUCUUGUCAGCUUUGUAGCAAUCAUUCAAAUUGACAUUUAUGAAGUUGAGGUGAUGGUUUCUAGAUCUUGUCACAUUGUUGAAAUUUAAUCGAAAUUCGCAUUAGGAAUUUAAUGGUGCCAUUAAUGCUAUCAUGUCUUUUUCCUACAACUCAGAAUAUUAUAAUUGAUGAUGAUGUCAACUUACUCCUCUCAGAGCAGUAAAUUUUUGUCCUGAAAGGUGCCUUUUACCAAAUGGAGGAAUUUCCUAUUUAUUCAUUGGACAUACGUGUUUUGAGGCAACUAAUUAUCUUUUUAAUUUAAUUUGUGUACCUUUACCAGCAACAGCCCUGCUGAAAUGUUUUGUUUUAAUCGAUCCAUUCAUAAAAUACAUACAUUUUUUAACUUUUGAA